AUGUCUCUGGAAGAUAUUGUGAAGGCAAUGGCUGACAACACUUUGCAUUUUCAGCAAGAGACAAGAAGUGGUCUAAAGAACUUGGAGAACCAAAACUCUAACAAGCUUCCGAGUCAACCAGAGAGAAAUCCAAAGGAGAACGCGAGUGCAAUAUCACUUAGAAGUGGCAAGCAAUUAGAGAUCCCAACGAAAAAGACUGAAGGGCUGGCAGAACACCAAGAGGAACAAGAGACUAUUGUUCCAGAGCAAGAUAAGCAGCCCCCUAAGGUAAGUGAUGUUGUUUCUCCUAAUACUAAUCAGUUUUCUUCUUCUGUUCCAUUUCCUAGCAUGUUAUCAUCUAAGAAUAAGAAGAAAGAUCAUGAAAAGGAGAAAGAGACCCUAGACAUUUUUCGCAAGGUUGAGGUGAACAUACCUCUACUAGAAGCUAUAAGACAAGUGCCGCGGUAUGCAAAGUUCUUGAAGGAGUUGUGCACUAACAAGAGGAGAUUGAGUGGAGAUGAAAAAGUCAGUGUAAGUGAGAAUGUGUCUGCUUUUUUACAGAGGAAAGUUCCUCCAAAGUGCAAGGAUCCAACUCGGAACUUAGGACCUUUGAAAGACACUCGAGUGAUUAUUCAGCUUGCCGACCGUUCUAAUACAUACCCUGUAGGAGUAGUUGAGGAUGUCUUAGUGCAAGUGAAUGAAUUGGUAUUUCCUGCUGACUUUUAUGUUUUAGAUAUGCCAAAUGAUGAAUCCCCUAGUGCAACACCUAUCUUAUUAGGAAGACCUUUUCUGAAAACAUCCAGAACUAAAAUUGAUGUUCACAGUGGGGUGUUAACCAUGGAAUUUGAAAGGGAGGUUAUCCGGUUUAAUUUAUUUGAUGCCAUGAGAUACCCCUCUGAUUGUGAAUCUGUUUCUAGUAUAGAUGUCAUUGAUGCACUAAUUGAGCAAGUAUUUUGUCUCUCUGGUCAUGAUGGGUUAGAUGUUGUUUUGACUAAACCUGUGGAAAAAGAGAAAUAUACUACUUGCGGGAACAUUUUGAGCUUGAAGACGAGAUCAAGGAAGCUUUCUCUUCCUUGGAAGUGCUUCCAAAUAAGCAAGGAAGGUAUGCAGAUCGCCCCUAAAGUGGAACUAAAGCCACUGCCAGACCAUCUCAAGUAUGCAUUUUUGGGAGAAAAUGACACUCUGCCAGUCAUAAUUGCGAGUAAUCUAACUUCGACUCAAGAGCAAAAGCCGGUGCAAGUUCUCAAGGAGCAUAAAACAAAUCUAGGGUGGACGAUUGCUGAUAUAAGAGGAAUUAGACCCUCUAUGUGUCAACAUAGAAUCUUAUUAGAAGAGGGAGCUAAACCUGUGAGACAAGUGCAGUGA